GACGUCUGUCAGCGGUGAGGAAAUGAUGGCAACGCUCAGAUUUAGUCCCUGAAUUUUGUUUAAAUCGUUGGCCAAAGUAGUUUUAAACUGUCUUCGUGUCAACAAGAAACUGUAACCCAACCUGGUCGUUAGAUUAUCGAGGGAAUUAUGACAUCAAGGCGGGUAAGUCCGCGACCAGUAACCGGUGGUUCGACCGCCGGAAGGCUGACUCCACAAGACGAAGUCGAGAUGGACAAGAUUCUGGACGACGGGAUGCGGCGGCCUUCUAGCUCGGCUUCUCGGCAGGCUUGGAGUGACAACGAGGGAUUCGAUCUCGGUAACGAGGAGAAAGCCAUCGACGGAGAUUACGGGGAUGACUACGGGGAGCAGGAUGGGGAUGCGGACGCGGGUAACGCGCCCACCGCCAUGGAGAGCGAGCUGUAUGUCGGCGGAGAGAUUCGCACCAUUGACCCGAAGGUUGCUAAACAAAAGGCGGAGCAGGCUAAGGCAGGAUGCUGGACGAAAGUCAAGAGAGCCAUCAGAUCUCUUUGGCGGACCAGGCAAACAGACGACACAAGACAGGACAAGGAGUUGCACGUUAAGACCACCUUGAGAGAACUCAUCAUCUAUCUGGUCUUUCUGGUCUUUCUGUGCUUAUUGACCUUCGGAAUGACCAAGCCAACGAUGUACUACUACACCAAAGUCAUGUCAGAGCUGUUCCUGGAUGCCCAGUUUCCAGACACAAAGAAUACAUUCCGUGGCCUUACAACCAUGAAAGAUUUCUGGCGGUUUGCUGAGACCCCGCUGGUCGACGGCCUGUUUUGGGAGAAGUGGUACAAUGACGACAACGUCACAAGCGAUUCCCUAGGCUACAUCUACUACGAGAACAAGCUGCUGGGAGUGCCCCGCAUCCGCCAAGUCAAGGUGACCAACGACUCCUGCAUCGUCCACACUGACUUCCGCGAGGACAUCAGGCAGUGCUACGCCGAUUACUCGGAGAGUGUGGAGGACACUCAGGCUUUUGGACUCAUGAACGGAACUGCGUGGGAACACAGCUCAGAGGAGAGCUUAGAUGGCUCCGGCCACGCCGGUAAAUUGGCUACCUACAGCGGGGGCGGUUUCUACGUCGACCUCACCCACGACAAGGCAGAGUCCCUGGCCAUCAUCCAGGAGCUGAAGCAGAACCUGUGGCUGGACCGAGGCACCCGGGCGGUCAUCAUCGACUUCUCCGUCUACAACGCCAACAUCAACCUGUUCUGCAUUGUCAGGCUGGUGGUGGAGUUCCCGCCCACUGGCGGAGCCAUCCCCUCCUGGACGUUCCGCACCGUCAAGCUCCUGCGCUACGUGACGGCCUUCGACUACUUCAUCAUGGCCUGCGAGGGCAUCUUUGCCCUCUUCAUCCUCUACUACAUCGUGGAGGAGAUCCUGGAGAUCAAGGUUCACCGCCUCUCCUACUUCAAGAGCACCUGGAACUGCUUAGAUGUCAUCAUCAUUGUAGUGUCGGUCCUGUGCAUGGCCUUCUAUGUUUACCGAGCCAUGAGAGUGGACGAGAUGAUUGAAGACCUUCUGAGCCGGCCUGACCAGUACGCUGACUUCGAGUUCCUGGGCUACUGCCAGUCCAUCUUCAACAAUGUGAUCGCCGUGGCUGUCUUCCUGGCUUGGAUCAAGGUGUUUAAGUACAUCAGUUUCAACAAGACCAUGAACCAGCUGUCCUCCACCCUGUCCAAGUGCGCCAAGGAUGUGGGCGGCUUCACCAUCAUGUUCUUCAUCAUCUUUUUGGCCUACGCCCAGUUUGGCUACCUGGUGUUUGGUACCCAGAUCAAGGACUUCAGCAGCAUCUACGACUGCAUUUUCACCUUGUUCCGCAUCGUUCUGGGUGACUUUAACUUCCAUGAGCUGGAGGAAGCCAACCGUGUCCUGGGCCCCAUCUUCUUCAUGACUUAUGUGUUUGUGGUCUUCUUUGUUCUGCUGAACAUGUUCUUGGCUAUCAUCAAUGAUACGUACAGCGAGGUCAAAGCGGACAUCGCCAACCAGAAGUCGGAGUUUGAGAUCACCGACUACUUCAAAAAGGGCUACGAGAAGAUGGUGGGCAAGCUGAACUUCAAGCGGGACAAGAUUGCCGACAUCCAGGAAGCGUUGGCACACGCCGACGCCAACGCUGACCAGCAUCUGGACUUUGACGAAUGGCGCCACGAGUUGAAAUGUCGUGGGCAUGCCGAUGCUGAAAUUGAGGCAGUGUUUGCCAAGUACGAUGUGGACGGUGACCGCAUCCUGGACGCCGAGGAGCAGAUGAAGAUGGCCGCCGAUCUGGAAGGACAGAAGACUGACCUGAACAACCAGUUGGCCGAGCUGGAGGAAGCCCAGAUGGUAAGCUCUAACCGACCCCAGACGGCUGGUCGGAGCAAGAGCCGGGUCAGCUUCAACGACGGACUAGACAGCGAUGACGAGGAUUCCCACAGCGGAGGGGGUCGCGGAGGGGUCAGCGGUGUCUCCUACGAGGAGUUUGUCGUGCUGAGCCGGCGUGUGGACCGUAUGGAGCACUCCAUCGGCAGCAUCGUCUCCAAGAUCGACGCCGUGCUGGUCAAGCUGGAAGCCAUGGAGCGGGCCAAGCUGAAACGCCGUGAGACCAUGGGCAAACUGCUGGACAGCAUCACAGAGGAGAAAGAAAUUAAGCAAGCCUAUAAGACCACUAUGGGCUUGCCUUCCCGGUCAGGUUCCUCGGCUUCUGCCUAUAGCGACUACGACGAGGACGAGAGCGGCGGGGGUAACGUGAAACGAGAGCAGAUGGAACGCCUGGUCCGCGAGGAGCUGGAACGCUGGGACUCGGACGCUUCAUUCUCUCAGACCACCGGGCGGGCGGCUAGCCGUGGGGGCAGUGCCCAGCGCUCUCGCCCUGGUAGCUCCGGAUCCCAGAGACUCAGCCUUGGGGAUUCCCACAACAUAUCAACGAGCAAUGUCUAAAGCAAUGAUAACCUCAGCAGAUGAGCUGAAACAAGGCAGGAAAGCACUUCAAAACAUCGCCAAACUUAGACUUAUAAUGAGAGGAUAUUGUACUAUACUUCAUGGUUACAACACUGCUGGUACCUGUCUAGCAUUGCAAUCUGUUGGAGUGAGCUACAGUGACACGUGGUACCAGACCAAACAGCACACUACAUGAACAUCUUCAAGACAUGGCAAUUCACUGUAAAAUUGAUCGAAACAUUUACAAAUUUUUCACAGUCAUUUAAUAUUCACACGUUUAUUACCAACCAGAUCAAAGUAACACGACACAAAUUACUUACAAAUUAUAUACAUGUUCAUUGGUAAAUAUUGUGAAUACAUAGGCUUGCUGUUGUAGUUACGCCAGAACAAGAUUUGUGAUUUGCGAGUGUUGUAACAAAACUUAGUGUUGUAACAAACUGUGCAACAAAGAAAGCUUGAACUCUGAAGUGAAUUUUAGGAUAACUUUCUCAGGAAAAGGUGUAAAAUUUCUUCAAAAACAAACAACCGGGUCUGUGAAUAAGUACCAUGUUAUUUAGUGAAUCCCAAGAAAAAAAGUCCAAUUUGAUUGAUAUACCAUGCUCUGAUGGUAGUUGGUAUUCACAACUAUCUUUAUAGCGGCAGUUUAUGUUGUAGGAAAAAAAAAACAAGCAAAAAGUGCCUUUCAGUGUUGUGAAUUUUAAAACAUCUGUGAUUUACUCAAGUGCCUUGAGUUGGUAGCCUUGAAAUAAAAACUGUCCUAGCACUUUUAUGUGAGAUUUUAUGACAUUCUGGAGUACUUGAAUUUGAGCCUUAACCAAAGCUUGCACCACCAAUUUAACUUAAAAAAGACUUUGCAUGUGAACCAUAAAAGUAUUUUCACAUUUGCUAGUUUUCGUUUGUUUACCUUUUGUGUGCACUCAAAAUUCAUCCCCUCAUCCAAAGUACUUGGUAAAAUUGACAUAGUUAUACAGGGUCUUGUUAUUUCUAAUUACAUCUGUAAAUUCACUUUUCAUCUGAAAUCUUCAUUUCUCUUCCAGUUUAGUUCUUUUAAUUUGUGCCUUAAAACGUAAAUGUUGAAAUGCUUUUUGUUGUAUUCAAGAUUUGCUUUAAAAGUUCUUCAAUUUCCACUUGUCCUUAACAAGAAACAUACAUGUACUUUGUAUAUAUUGUAGAAAAUGAGUCAGAUAGUGGCGAAUUCUAGACAGAAGACAGAAUUUUAUUUAUAUUUUAUUUAUCUUGUAAAUACUUUCUGGAGUCUCGCUUUUCCUGUUUCAAAAUUAACGCCUCCUGUUCAUAUUUUCUAAUUUAUUUUACCUAUCAGUAUCUCUAAGGCUAUCUAGUUUUCUUUCUCUCCUUGCAUUCUGCGUUGUAUUCAGUGAGAAGUUUUAGACCAGACUUGUCCAUCUUGCAUAAGCAUUAUUAUCUCAAAAGGUCAAUUUGAUCUUUAAUUUGGCCGUUCAGAAGAUGAACAAGAAAUACAAUAUGUAAAAAUGUCAGUGUUACUUUUCUGGUCUUUCAGUGAAAACGUCUCUUCUGCAUUUGCCUUAGAUUGUCCUCUGCAGUUCAGAUUUUUUAUCUCCAAAAAAAGGAAAAGAAGAAAAUGCUCCAGUUUUCUCCACAAAACUGAUAUCUAAAUUUCCAUUUCUUGAAGUGUUUCCUCCUUCGAAUUUAAUGCUGUUCUUUUAUUUGAUCAAGUGUUGGACAAAGCUUGUACUACUUUGGUGCCUUCAACAUUAUAUUUUUCGUACUUCAAAUUUUUGAAUUGAAAUAUCUGCACAUUUCACCUUGAGAAGAACAAAUCCCAAAAGUAUGUGUGCCUUUAAAAAAAUGUUUCUUGAUGGUGGAAAUAACUUUAAUGCUUCAAAACUAGACCAAUAAUAAUUUGACCCUUGAAGUGAUGCGAUGGCAUUGUUCUCUUAUCCCAGCAGACUGCUAUAUUUAAUAUUGAACCUGAACAAAAAUAUUUUUUGGAGUGUUUCCUUUUAGAAAUGCAGAGCAUCAGACAUUUCGAUAUAAAUCCCUCUUUUUGUUCUGGUUUAAAGUUUUAAUUAAGUUUGAGAUGUUGGAUGAGAGAAAGAGUGACACUAGAAAAUUCUAUAAAAUGGGAAAACCUUUGUUUAAUUUUUUCCUUGACUGCCUUUGAUAAGUUGUAAUGAAACAGCAUGUCAUUUUCCAAAAAUGAUUAACAGCAGUAUUUCAAAUUUCAAAAUAAUGAUCAAGUUACAAAUAGAAGUUGAAAUAAUUAUUAAUUAUGCUAUCAUAGUUGGUUUUUUUGGGGGGGGGGUGUUUCUCUUAUUCGCAGUGCCCUGAAGUGUUCAGUCCAAAACAAACCCACUGUUUACUGAAAUGAUUAAUCUCUUUAUCAUAACAUUGAACUGUUAACAUUUUAAUGAAAUUCUCAACUAAUACAUUCAUGUAAUCUAAUGUAGUGGACAGUAAAGAAGGUACAUAGCUGCUUAACUAAUGUAGAAAUCUCUUCAUUAACUUGCCAUAUAGCUGUUGUUACAUGUACCUACCUACUUUGUUGUGUAUGAAUUUGAUUGUCAUUGAUUUCAAGGUCACGUUCAUUAGAUUUGUGUGCUGUAUACAUAUAUAUAUUUACAUAAUUGAAGAGAGACUGUAUUCUGAUUGCAACAAUCUUUGUUCUUGGCUGGAAGAUGCACCUUCCAGUUUUUCAAAGUUAUCCUUUUGCGUCACUUACAAAAUCACAGGAAGAGAUGUGAAAUAAUGGACAAUUCUUUUCCUCUCUGGAUUUAUUAAACUGAAAAUUUGUGGACAUGCCCAGAGGAAGGUCUUACUUCACACAUAAGUGAGCCAAGCUGUUACAGUUGGAGAACCAGUCACCUGUCAGUGUCAUUUACAUAGCAUUUUGGCUGGUAACCGCCAUUACUAACUGUAAGUGGCAUCUCCAGGAAUUUAACAUUGUAAAACCAGGAAUGGUUUUCAGACAAACAGUGAUUGAUUUCUCUUUUGACUUACUUGUCUUUUUGGUGCAUCUUCACAGCUUAAAACAAGGAGCCUUUAUUAAAAGAUGUGUUAAAAUGUAUUAUGAAAUAAUAUAGUUGAUAAAUAUCAGGCUAGUGUACUGAAAACAGACUUACAACCCAUCCAAUUUGCAGUAGUUGUGUAUGGAUUUUCCAUACAGUGAACAAAAAGUGAACAAAAAUCAAUUUUAGCAUUUAGACACAAGCUUCUGUUUAUUUUUCGAUGUACUUUUCUUGAAAGUAGAACACAUGGUCUUUGUUUUAUUGCUGGCGGUUUCCGAAGGAUGUUCCAAUAAUGAAGGUGGUUUGUUUCUGAUAAAGAUAUUUUGAGGCAUUUCAGAAAUCAUUUUUAAAAAAAUAUUAUCCUGUAGACAGCAUUUUACAUCUUAAUCCACAUUUUAAGCAGCAUACAAUCCAGGGUGUAUAAUUUCAUUUAUCAUCGGUUCCACCAACAGAAAUACUUUGCCAGCCAAAAACUUUAAUAUCCCAACUUUGGCGUCGUAAAAAAAAAGAGAAAAUGGUUGUGAUUUGGAAAUCUACUGACAUAGAAAUGGAUGGAGUUGUAAUAAAACAUUGACCAGUUGUGAUAGUA